CGUUAGCUUCACAAGAAAAAGGUAUACUGCGCCACUGCGGUGUGCUUGUAAGCCCUGUACACGUCGCUGCUUCAAAUGCGCGGAACAACCAGCUCGUGGAUGAAGCAGCUCAUGAGCUCUUCUCGGCAAGGCUACCACGGCCUCGCUCUCCGCCUCUUCUUCACCCGCCUCAGCCUCCAGGCCAGCAUCCGCGGGACCGUAGACCCCUACCCUGCGGCCGUGCCCACCGCCCUCCGGGCCUGCGCGCACCUGGCCGACGCUGCCUCCGGCCGCCUCAUCCACGCGCUCGUGCAGACACGCCCCGCCCUCGCCUCGGACGAAGUCGUCUCCACUGCCCUCCUCGACAUGUACGCCAAGUGCGGCCUCGUUUAUAGCGCCCGGAAGGUGUUCGACGAAAUGCCGGUCAGGGACCUCGUCGUCUGGAACGCGCUGCUCGCGGGCUACGCGCGGCACGGGCUUCCGGAGCACGCACUAGCACUCGCUGUCAAAAUGCGUGGCCUCGGCUUGAAUCCCGAUCUAGUUACUUGGAAUGCUGCCGUGUCGGGUUUCGCGAUGGCUGGCGAUGACGGAAUGGCCAGCGAUUUGGUCUGCGCCAUGCAAGAGGACGGGUUGCAGCCGGAUGUGGUCACAUGGACAUCGCUUGUCUCCGGCUCCGUGCUAAACUUUCAGUACGGCAGAGCGCGCACGCUAUUCAAGGGGAUGGUGGCCGGUGGCGCCCGUGUCCGGCCAAGCUCGGCCACGAUUAGCAGCAUCCUGCCAGCAUUUGCCACUGUCGGUGACAUGAAGCACGGGAAGGAAAUCCACGGUUACGCGGUUGUGACCGGUGUCGAACAGGAGCUCACGGUGAGAAGCUCUCUCAUCGAUAUGUACACCAAGUGCGGACUUGUACACGAAGCGCGGCACUUGUUUGACAAUAUGGCAGAGAGGAGUACGGUGACAUGGAACUCCAUGAUAUUCGGGCUCGCGAAUUAUGGCCACUGCGGGGAAGCUGUCGGUCUCUUCGACUGGAUGCUGCGCGAGGGAGCAAAGCCGGACCACCUGACGUUCACCGCCGUUCUGACGGCUUGCAGCUAUGGUGGCAUGGUCGAGAAGGGGAAAGGCUUGUACCGAGUCAUGCAAGAGGAAUAUGGCAUGGAGCCGAGGCUGGAGCACUACGCUUGCAUGGUUCAUUUGCUGGGCCGAGCCGGGAGGCUCGCCGAGGCGCAUGUUUUCAUCAAAGCGAUGCCCGUAGAGCCGGAUCGCUUCGUCUGGGGGGCCUUGCUUGGAGCCUGCCGGAGCCAUGGGAACGUUGAGCUUGCGGAGAUGGCGGCAUCCCGCCUGCUGACAGUCGAGCCGGGUAACGCAGCGAGUUACCUGCUUCUCUCGGGUGCACUGGCGAGUGCUGGCAAGCAAACCGACGUUUUCAAGAUCAAAAGGUUGGUGAAGAGACGGCGGCUAAAGAGGCUUGACGGCUGCAGCUGGUUAGAGACUUCUUAAGAUGCAGAGAUUGCCACAACGCUACCGUCAGAGACGAACAGAAACCAGAGAUCAUGGCGUUGGGGUUCUUGGGAAGUACAGCAGGAGCAAAUUCGUCAUUGUGCUCGGGUUAGUACAUUUACACCGUCCUCUCCUCGCAUAUGUACGUGUGUACAGGAUGGUUUUUGUGCAACUUUAGGUAAUAUCAGUUCAAAUUAGAUUGAAGUACUGCCAAAGUUUAGACAGAAAUACGCCACACAUUUACAACUACAUACUCAAGCAUCCGAUCAUACAUGGCGUUGCAAAUUGCACAAUAUACAUAACACGAAACAGCCACAUCA